AUGCUGUCCAAGAUCGUUGUCGGGGCCGUCGCCGCCUUUGCUGGCAGCGCGAUCGCUGACUCUGUUUCAUGUCCUUCCAACUCUCCACUCAGCUGCUCGUCGUCAUCUUCCACUGACACAUGCUGUUACAACACCCCCGGUGGGCAGAUUCUUCUCACUCAGUUUUGGGACACGAACCCUUCCACUGGUCCUUCCAACUCUUGGACCGUUCAUGGACUUUGGCCUGAUAAGUGCGAUGGCACCUACGAGGAGUAUUGCGACAGCAGCAGGGAAGUGAGCAAUGUUACCGCGAUCUUGAAGUCGAAAUCUCCUUCCACCUUGUCGUAUAUGCAGACUUACUGGAAGGAUUAUCAAGGUAAUGAUGAGUCAUUUUGGGAGCAUGAGUUCAAUAAGCAUGGUACUUGCAUGAGCAGCCUGGAGCCAAAGUGCUAUAACUCAUAUCAGCCCCAGGAGGAAGUUGUCGAUUACUUUGAGCGUGCUGUCCAGGAGUUCAAGAACAUCCCGACUUACGACUGGCUCAGCGCUGCCGGUAUCGUGCCCUCCACGACCAAGACCUACACGCUUGCGCAGAUCCAGAGCGCUCUCUCAUCCAAGCAUGGGCAGAACGUUGUCAUUAGAUGCAGUAGCGGUGCGCUGAACGAGCUCUGGUAUCACUUCAAUGUCAAGGGUUCCGUUCAGACGGGCACCUUUGUUCCCGCAGCCCCUGUUGGCUCGGGCUCAACCUGCUCAUCAACUGGCAUCAAGUAUCUGCCCAAAUCCGGCUCAACCUCUCCGACUUCCACCACCACUAGCGCCGGUUCUAAUCCCACUGGGUCGCCCGGCCAGCUUUCUGGAACAGGUUUUGUCUAUGUGACCACUAGCAGCGCUUCUUCUGGAGGGUUCCUGGUCAGUGGCGGAACUUGGUAUAGAAACGGGGGAACACCUGCGACUUACACUGCAACGGCCAACUCCGAUGGCUCGACCUUUACUCUGAAGACCAGCAAAGGAAGUUGCGCAGUGCAGAGCAACGCUUUGACCUGCAGCUCUUCAGUGUCUUCUCCAACCUCAUUCGGGUAUGAUGGCACCUACUUGACAUACAGUGGCUCCAAUGCCUUCUAUGCCACCUCAGUUCCCUCUGGGACUACCCAGGGAACAAUUUAUACUGCCUCCAAGUCUAUCUCUCUCCAGCUUACCUGGACUGCUACAUAA